AUGCUCGCGCGCGGCAGGAAGAUGGGGUUCUGCGGCGCACGAAGCGGCCGAGCCGUCAGGUCCUGGCUGGUCGAGCCCCUCAGGGACAGCAACCUGCAGCUCUUCGCGCUCGUCGCCGUGUGGAUCGCCAGCAAGAUCCAUGAGAUGAGACCGCUGGCAGUGAAGAGCCUGAAGGCGCUCAGCGACCGCAUCAUCGCCGACCAGCAUUUCACAUGCCGCGAUUUCGCUGACGCCGAGCUGGUGUUCAUGGAGGUACUGGAUUACAACAUUGGAUGCACAAACAUUGCUUUCAUACACUUGGAAGAGCUCCUCAUUCAGUUCAGGGAAAUAUCAAAGUUAGGUGAUCUUGUCAAUAUGGAUGUGUGCAUGGAAAUCUUGGAUAUUCUGUAUGAGACUGAAGAUACCUCAUGGCUUUUUAACUUUGCCUGUCCACUGGCUGCUUCGACUCUUGUUACGGCGUACGUUAUCUCAGUUCCUAAGCAGAAAUGGGAGUUUCCAAUAAUUCCCUGGGUCCAGUUCACUACUUCGUAUGCUGAAGAAGAGAUCUUGAAGAUUGUUAUGACAAUUCUCAUGCAUGUGAUCAAACCGGAUGUAAUCAAAGAGAAGAACAAGAGAGAUUUCAGUAUGUGAGGCUUGUGCAUCGGUGAUGUGUACAACACAACUGGCAGUGUCCAAAUUUUACCAAUGUAAGUACUAACGACGUACAACCAAGUACUUCUGUCGAACAUAGUGCAGCUUGUUUGUAUCUGGCCAUUUCUGAAUUGUGAUUUCCAAAAUAUGCCGAGGAGUGAUGCUUGCUAAUUAAUUAUGUAAAAAGUGGCCAAAGUAGUGUUGCCACAUUAUUACAUGAUAAUUGAGCUUAGAUGAUUG